UGCUUCAUUUGUGCUGGUUGGCAUUUCGUUCAUUCGUUCGUUGUCUGCUGCCGCCACUGCCAUUUAUUCUCGCACCAGCAGAAUGUGCUGGUAGGAGCAAUAACAGCUGUGGUUGUCCAGUGGCGGUGGCAGUAGAUCUGACACGACUCCAGCGCCCUCUCAGCCCUUCUGCUGCUACUGCUGGUGCCUGGCGUCCCCUGGUGGUCGGGGUUUUCCCUCACCUGCGGCGGCAGCUCCAGCUACGGGCAGCACGCCACUUGCUCACAGACCGCUAGUCAAGAAGCUUCGCGGCGUAUCGUUCGUUGAAAUCUUCAAGUAAGCAAACCAACUACCAUUUGGUCGUCUAUAGAAAAGUUGUUACCGUAGCAGGCACGAAGACUUUUAGUUGGUAGCCACAGCGAUUUUGGUCAUCGCGAAAGAGAGUGGCGCCCUCUGUUAGCCUGUGAAGCAUUUAGCAAAGCAGUCAGCAGUUUGUCUGCCUAAAUUUACGUGGCGCUGCGUGCUGCUUGUGGCGUCGAGUCGGCCAGCAGCAAGCCAAGUGAAAGAAAGAGCGAGCGAGUAGCCGAGGGAAGUGCUGCUAGAUUUGAUUGCCAGGCACCUAACAGAAGUUGCUUAAACAAGAUCAGCAUUCUGUCCGUGUCUGAAUCGUUUCCUUGUAUAGCUCCGAGUGCGUGUAAGUGGGGUGCGACUGAUCUGUUCGCUGUGUUCGCUACGUUAUCCCUAUCGCCAAUGAUUAACAAUAAACAAAAAUUGCGUAACUUGUGCCACUGAUGACUCGUGUGUGUGAGUAUCUACAAGCGAGUGUAACUACGAUUCCAUCAGAGACUGUGUGUCUUGUGUCUUAUCUAAUUUAAAAAAAGUAGUGUUCGGCCCUUUACACCACACGACCCCACUGCCGCCAUGGAUCAGCUAUUUGGAAAUCUUAAGGGAUUCUUCAAGACAGAUUUCACCUACACGGAUAACUCCGUAUUUCGGUUGCAUUACAAAGCAACGGUCGCAAUUCUGAUCGCGUUCAGUAUUCUUGUAACGGGCAGGCAGUAUAUUGGCGAUCCUAUUGAUUGCAUCACGAAAGAUUCCGUGCCAACGGAUAUACUUGAUACAUUCUGUUGGAUACACACGACGUUUUCCAUGCCGGAUGCGUGGCACAAAAAUGUCGGCUCAGAGGUGCCUUAUCCAGGUAUCGACAAGUCGUCAAAUGGUUCCGGAAAGCGUGUGUAUCACGCUUACUACCAAUGGGUGUGUUUUGUGUUGUUUUUACAAGCGGCCCUGUUCUACGUGCCACGCUAUCUGUGGAAAAUGGUUGAAGGAGGGCGUAUCAAGAAUCUCAUACUUGGCUUGGACAACCCCAUCAUGGACGACAAAGAGAAGUCCAUAAGUCGACGUUUACUUGUCGAGUACCUUAUGGUAAAUCGUAACAACCACAAUAUAUAUUUCUGGGCAUACUCCGCCGCUGAGGUACUCAACUUCGUCAAUGUCGUUGGCCAAAUGUUCCUUAUGGACCACUUUCUUGGAGGCGAAUUUUCGAAGUAUGGUGCCGAAGUGCUCAACUUUACCCAGUGGUCACAGGAGGUUCGUUACGACCCAAUGAUUCGCGUGUUCCCUCGACUGACCAAAUGUAUCUUCCACAUGUACGGAUCAUCUGGCGAUGUUCAAAGGCACGACGCAAUGUGCAUUCUGCCUAUCAACAUUAUCAACGAAAAGAUUUACGUUUUCCUUUGGUUCUGGUUCAUUUUCAUGGCGAUCAUCUCAGGAGCCGUCCUGGUGUACCGUGCCGCUACCCUUUUCCUUCCGCCGAUUCGCACACGUGUUACGAAGUCGAAAGGCCGUCUUGCCAAUCAGGAUCGCCUCAAACGCAUCAUUGAGCACUCGAAGGUUGGCGAUUGGCUCAUCCUUCACAUGGUUUGCAAGAAUAUCGAUGCCCUCAAUUUCCGUGACCUCAUCAACGACUACUAUGAAAGCCUUUACGAGACUAAGAGCGAGCCGUAAUGCUUUACGUUCAACUUUAGAAAAUUCAUCUUCGAAUUAUUAUCGCUACGAUAUCGACAAUCAUAUAACUAUUACAGAUAGUGGUGCGAGAAAUCCUCAAACACAACUGGGGUAGAUAGGUGUCCUGCGUGUGUGUAUGAAAGCGCGUGCAAGUAGGGCGUACGCCUAAGUCCUCGGCCAACGCUGCCGAGCUUAGUGCUCAAGGUAUUGGAACCACAGGUGUGGACUGCUCUCAGGUUGAGGCGGCAGGGUGACUUCGAAUCUCAAGGUCCAUCAAUGAAUCUGUGGAAGACAGCGUGGCGACGAAGGAGUUUGUCGAGCGAAUUUUUGUCGCCGUUAUAUACGAAUCUCGAAGCUGUUAUUUGAAAACUUAGGUAGAGGUGCGAGCGAUACAGACGGAAGUGAACGUACGCAAGCGCCACAUACAUACAAAUGCGCAUAAACAUAAAGGAAGAAAACGAAUCCCAUUUACACUAUUAUCGUUUGUUUUACAAUUAUUAUUAUUAUUAUUUGAACUCCAAGGAGCCUAAGCAAUACGUUUAGAUACAUGUACAUUAUUAACUGAAAGCUGUUAGAUCCGAAAUGACUGAAAACCAAGAUCGAACGAAUGCGGAAUAACAUCGCGCACCACUGAUUAAUAUAUUGUGUAUUGUUUAGUUAACAUAGUUGUUCGCAGAUUGUUCUGCGAUAAUCGACGGCGCCAUCGAAAGCACCGAUGUCUUUCGGGAGAAGGCACACAGACAAAAUCACUCAAGUCUUCCAAAGGACAUCAUUCCAAAAUGCGAUAGGAUUGCAACAGGCGCAUAGCAAAUUUUGUGCAGUGAAGUUGUCUCCUCAGGGCACUCGGCCUUGAUCGAUAGCAAUGCUGUAACUACGAAAUCCAUACACGCAAGCAAAAGAGAUCUAACGAGCACUGCCUGUCUUUCAGGAGCCUAGCUAGAUUGGUUUCAUUAUAAUUAAGUAAACACUAAGCAGAUUGUAGCAAGGUUCCCUAUAAAUAAUAACACGAGCUGUCACAUCUACAUUUUGUGAGUUUCAUCAUCACAUAAUUGUAUGUUAGUGAGCAAACCUGGACUGUGUAGAGCAGGGCGUUCUUGUAAAAUGAACAAUGCAAUCAUUACAAGUGGUAUAGACAAAAAAAGCGAGAAAGUCAGUCGGUGAGAGAGAAAGAAAAAGAAAGAGAUAGAUAGAGAGAAAGAGAAAAAAAAAAAAGAGAGAAUAUCGUACAGCGGGAAAGAAUUGUAGCACAAGUAAAACAGGCUGAACCAAUUUGAACGUGAAUACUUUAUACGGAAGACAAACAACAUGAAGAGAUGCCGACCAUAAUGAAAUAGAUAAGGCAAGGUUUUUCAAGCAACAAAUACUGCGAAUAAAACUAGUUACAUUACACUGUA